AUGGCUUCGCGACAUAUUCCUUAUACGGAUAUGUCAGAUAUGGGUCGUGCAGCUCAAGAGACGGAGAUGCAACGUGCUGCUAAUCAACAGCUAAUUGAAGAAGGUAGAAUAAUUAAGCAUAAAGAAUUAGAAAAGCAGAGGCGUGAAGAGGAGAAUGAUGAAGACAGUAGCAGUGGACGUCCUGAUGUUAUUAUCAAAGUUAACUCUAGUGGUACAUCACGGUUGAGUAGUCAGCGUUCUUCUGUUGAUUUUGCAUCAUCAAGUAGUUCAAGGAAUUUAGAUGCUCGUGAACUACGUACACAAUUAAUACAGUUGGAAGAGAAAGUGAAAGGUGCAAUGUUAUCCAAUGUUCAAUUGGAUAAUGAUAAACAACUAUUAAAAUAUGAAGUUGAUCUACUGAAAGAUAAACUCGAAGAUCUUACAGAUGCUUAUGCCUCCUUGAAUAAGAUUUUCUUGGAGAAUAAACGGGAAUUAUCCUAUCAAAAAAUGCAAAUCAUCGAGCUAACUCAUCGUCUAGAGUAUGCACGUCAUCAAGUUGAAGCACGUGACCAAUUGAUUGUUGAGCAUGGUUUAGUAUUGGUGGGUGGAGCUUCUGCUGAUAGUGUUACGUCAUCAGCAACGCAAUUGACGUGUUUAUCUAAAAAUGACGAAUCUGUGUCAGGAAAUAAAUCAAAGUAUAAUAAUGAUAAUGAUAAUACAAAAAUGAUGAUGAUGAAUGGCCUAUCGAAUAAUCAUUCCAAAUCGAAUAAUUCUCAUUUGCCUUACUCACAUCAGAAUAAUAAUGAUGAUCAUAAUGAUAAUAUGGAUCAUACUAAUGGUAGUGGUAAUGCUAAUGAUCAUGAUAAUAAUAAUGAUAAGAGAAGGCCUCGUUUGCCUGAAAUGGUUCUUAUUACAAAAUCUACAGCUGAACUAUUAAAUACCUUGUCAGAGACAACAUUAGAUAAACAAAUUCAACAAUUAUUCAGUAUACGAUCAGAAUUGGAUGCACGUGUUGAAGAAUUAGAAUCACAGUUAAGAGAAGAACGUAAACGUUCAGAAGCACCAACUCCGCGAUAUGAUUCUAGAAAUCGUGUGAAUACAGCAAAUACAGAAGAUAUAAAACAUGAAUUACAACAAACCCGUAAUCAAGCUCAAGAAUAUAAACUCAAGUAUCAUGAAUCAUCUCAGAGGAUUUCAGCUCUGGAAAGUGAUAUUGUACGUUUAGAAGGUCAAACAAAACGAUAUAAGGCAAUUGCAGAUGCAUGUGAAGAACAAGAAGAAGUAUUGAAACAAGAACGACGAAAAUGUCAACGUGAACUUCGUGAAGUCCAAUCAAAAUUGGAAGAUUUAAAGUCAGAAAAUGCACGACUUCAACGUAUAGUGGAUAAAUAUAAUCGUGCUUCUGUUGCUCCUGGUGGUGGUGGUGGCGGCGGUAGUACUUUAACACCAGGCGGGAAUAGUGCACGUCAAGCUCGUGAUUCAUCUGUGAAUAGAUAG